AUGAAGAAAAAUAGAUUCCAGCAAUAAAAGGAAGAGUAAAAGAAACAAAAUUAUUUUGAUGAAGAGGAAGAUAUAGAUUUAGAAGAUGAUGGUCUAUUUGGAAAAGAAGUAUUAACUGCAUGUAAUCAUUAAUCAUUUAUUAUCAGCUAAACCCUAUGAGGAAUAUUUCUAAAAGUUUAAUGAAUUAUAUAAUAAUCACAUUGUUAAUUUUUCAGCAUUUGAAGAAGAUUAUCAAAUCCCAUUGACAUAACCUGAUUAUGAAAGCAUCAUUCAGAGUCAUUUCAUGGUUUAUGAAAAGAACAUGGGAUUGUUUGAUUUUAUGAAGUCAGACAAUAAAGUUUUUGAUAAGAUUAGUGCAUCCUUUGUAUUCAUUGAUAAUUAAAUCAGAUAAAUAGAAGAUCAAGUAUUUUUAUAAAUAUUAUUCUAUAGUUCUAUAAAUUCCUUGAUAAAUUAACUAUUUAUGGAGAAUUGGCAGAUCUUCAUUUAGAAGAAGAGAGAAAAUUAACUGAUGGAGAAGCUGAAAUCAUGAUAUGUAGAAUGCUUGGUUAAUUUAAGUAAAUAUAUGACAUAAUUAAAAAACUCAUCAAUUACAUCACCCAUUUAGUUAAUCAAUUGAAUUUACUUUACAAUAAAAAAGAUCCAAUUUCUAAAAUAAUUAAAAUAUUUAACUUAAAUUUUCCAUUAGAUACUAUAGGAAGAGCAUUGCAACUUAUUUAUGUCUUAGAUAAUGUUGUAGAAUAGAAUGAUUAUUUAUAAGAACAUUGGAAUUAUUGUAAGAGAAUGUUAAAAAUUGUUAAACCAGAUCCUACUAAAUUCAAUUCUAAUGCUUAAAAUGUUAAACAAUUAGAAAAAAUUAUGAUUAGAUUAGAUAAAACAGUAUUAUCUGGUUCUUGUCUCUAAUCUGUUUUAGCAUAGAAUUGGGAUUAAAAUGUUCAUGAGAAAACAGGCAAAGAGAAAAAUGCAAAUAUACCUGCAAUUAAAAAUAAUAAAGAAUUCUUUAAUGUACUUAAUACAUAUCUCAAAGAAAGAUAUGAAUUAUUUGAUAAAACAUUAGGAACUGCUAAAGAAAUGUUUGAAAGAGAUUUAUUAUUGCCUACAUUUUGUGUUUAUGCACUUGUUAGAUAAUUAUAUCAAAAUGAUGAAAAUAGAGAUCUAUGGAAAAAUCUUUGGUCUCUAUAAAAGAAAGUUCCAAUGGUUGAUGGACAUUCAUAAGUUUUAUGUUAUUUAAGUAAAUUUCUUAUGGAAGUCACUCCAUUAACAAAAAAGAGUCAGACUAUGGAUCCAAAAGAUCCUAUUGCCAAUUUUAAGAAUUAUUUAUAAAGAUUAUCAGGUUCAUUUUAAAGUUCAUUAACUGCUUAAUAUGUUGCAUUCACUACUUGGAUAGUUAGAGUUGACUCAUUUUCAUGUAGUUAAGCUUCAUUUAAUAAUAUUGAUAAAAUUGAUAGAGAAAGAGCAUAGAAAUAUAUAGAAGAGAGAAUGAAUUAGAGAGUAAUUUUAGUAUUGUAAGGAUUAACAAUUGCAUCUUAAACAAGAAAUCUAUUAUAAGCAUUAUUAUUAGGACAUUUUGGAUUAGAAGAAUAAUCAUUAGAUACAUCAUUAUCAAAAGAUGUUGUUUUGGCAGUUGAAAUGUUAAAAGCAAUAGAAUAUUAUUUUGAAUAAAAAUAUGAUGUAUUCUAACCUGCUUUAAUAUAAAAUCAUAUAACUAAAAAUGGAUAAAGAAUUAUUUAAUAAGUAUUAGAGAAAAUGAAGGCAAAUUUAAAGAGUUUUGGUACAGGAGGUGCUGAAAUAUUAGGAGCAUUAUAAAUAUUAAAUUCUAUUCUAAAGAGUACACUAUCACCUUUGAAAUUGUAGACUAUGUAUUUUUUAAUGGAUUUUAUGGUUGCUAAAGAUAUAUUCACAAAUUAAGAAAAAGAAGAUUUCAGAAAUAUUCUUUGGAAACUUGAUAAAUUAAUUUUAUUACCUUAUUAUGUAAAAAAAGUGACAGCAAGUACUUAUUUUUAUUGGUGUAGAGAAUUAUUACCUUCAUUCUUUUAAUAUAUUUAUUAACAUCCAUCAUAAGCAAAAAGAUUUUAAUUUUUAUUGAAUGCUGUAUCUGAUUGUUCAGUUCAAUUAAAAGAUUGUAUGCAUUUAGAAAAUCCUGAUGAAUUAUUUGAUUCUUUUAGAUAAUAUGUUGUUAAAGAAUUUUAUGCAUAAUAUUUAUAACCAUUGGCUAGAGAUAUUGAAGAUUAUUUAAGAAUUUAAGUACAUACAGUAUUAAUUGAAAAAAUAACAGCAUUAAAUCCAUUUAAAUAAUAAGUGAAAGAUUUAAAAAGAUUAUUAGAUAUUGAUUAUGUAUUAAUAUUUGAUUCAAUUGUCAAUUUGAGAACUGAAAUAAAUCAAAUAUUAAAUGAAACAUUCUAUAAUAUUAAUGUACUCAAUAUGUAUGAUCAAGAAACAUAUGAAUAAAUGAGAAGUUUAGCUAAUUCUAAAUUUGGAUUAAAUUUAAUUAAUGUUUAUUUACCAACCUAAACAGUAGAUUAAGGAAACUUUGAUGUACUAAAUGUUCUCAAAAAUAUUUAAUAAUUCUUUACUAAAUACACAUAUAAUUUGUAUUAAUAACAAUUUGUUUAAGUAUAUAAAUUUAAUAUAAUUAAUAUAGGUUACAUCAGAAAGUAAAUAAGUAUAUUCAAUAAGUAUUUAAUAAAUAGCAGAUUCUAUAAGAACACAUGGUAUUGGUAUAUUGAGUACAACUGUUAAUAGUGUCUAUAAAUUCUUAUAAAAGUAUAUUAAUUUAUAUAUAUAAUAGAAAAAUACAAAUGUUUUCAUAAUUUUUAUUUGAUGAUUUAAUACAAUCACCUUUAGUAAGAGAAGAUAGAUUUUUUAGAGAAAAGAAAGAUGAAUUAGAUGGUUAAUAUCCUUAUGAUAGAGCAGAAGCAUUAUAUAAGGAAAUUAAAAAAAUGGGUACAUUUGAUGAUGGAUCUAAUUAUCUUGAUAAAUUCAGAACUUUAAUAACAUAAAUAGGAAAUUCAUUAGCAUUUGUUAGAUUAUUAAGAUCAGCAGCUUUACAUGUUAAUUCAAAAUGUUUAGAAUAUAUUCCAAGUUAAUACAAUCCUACUUAAUUAGAAUCACUUACAAGAGAAGCUGGAUUUAGUGGUAAUUAUAUUAAUAUGAUAUUUAAUAAUAGAUGCAACAGUUAGUACAGCAAAAGAAUUAGAAGAGAUAUUUACAUUAUAUAAAAGUAGUUUUUCAGAGAAAAUUGAUUAUAUAAAUUUAUUGUUGAAGGCAUUUUCAAGUAUCAAUACACCAGAAAAUGAACAUUUGUCUCUAUUUUAUUUGAUUGUACCUACAUUGACUUUGAAUUUCAUUGAAAAAAUGUUAAUUUCAAAAGAUUAAAUAGGUAAAAAGAAUUCAACUACUGAAGUAUUUAUUAGUGUAAAUAUUUAUUUAUAAUAUUAUAGGAUGAUGGUUUUACUUUAGGAAUUCAAUUUUUCUUAACUUUAUUAGAUUAAAAAGCAUAAUUUGAUUCUCUUCAUUGGAGAAAAGAAAUAAAAAAUAAAUUCACUCUUGAUAUGAAAUCAGCUAAAACUUUAGCUACAACAAAACCAAAUUAAUCAUAAAGAGCAACAGACGAAGUAAUUAAUAUUUAUAUAUAAUUUAUAGAUUAAUAUGUAAAAAGAAUUAUCAUUACGUAAAUUAAAUAUGUAAUAUGAUGAAUUCCAAAUGUUCUUCUAUGCUUUCAAUUCAUGUAAAAUCCUGUUUCUUGGAGAAUGAUU